AUGGCGAGCGUGCAGGCAUCUGGGGCGGCCUCGCACCCAUAUACCUGCAAUACCUGCCAAGUUGCGUACCGCAACAUUGAUCUGCAAAAGGGACAUAUGAAGAGUGAUUGGCAUCGAUACAACCUGAAAAGACGAGUGGCGUCUUUACCACCCAUCUCCGCCGACGUCUUUUCUGAAAAGGUCCUGCAGGCGAGGGCUGUAUCAAGUGCAGAAGCCGACAAGGCCUACUUUGAGCGUGCAUGCGAUAUCUGCGAGAAGACGUAUUAUAGCGAGAAUGCGUUUCAGAACCAUAUUUUGAGCCAGAAGCACAAGGCAAAGGCAGCUGUCAGUGGACAACCUGCUCCCGGCCGAGCCGACGAUGAGACCACUUCUGUCGUGAGCUCCACGUUCUCUCUUGGUGAACCCGUCGCGCCCAGUCAAGGUGAAGUUGACUCCGAUGCUGAGGAGGAAUUCAGUCAUGUCGUCGAGGGUCUCCAAAAGGCCCGCAUUUCCGAGCAAAGGCCUUCUCCUCUCAAGCGCCCUUCGCAUCCCCAACCAUCAGGCGAGGAUACUGUCGGCGAAGACGCAGAUGCAACACGCGCUUCAGACUCAACCACUCCUGUCCCUCCAUCGCAAGAACCCAACAUGACACUAGAGACUUGCUUAUUCUGCAACUAUGCUUCCCCAACCAUCCCUCUGAAUACACACCAUAUGGAGAGGUUCCAUGGCAUGUUCAUUCCCGAGAAGAAGUAUCUUGUGGACAUUGAUGGCUUGCUUCAACAACUGCAGGACAAGAUCCGAUCACACCAUCAAUGUCUGUAUUGCGAUAAACCGAAGUCUACCACAUUCGCGGUUCAAACACACAUGCGCGACACGGGCCAUUGCAAGAUCCCUUACGAGACCGAGCGAGAGCAGCUCGACAUUGGAGAUUUCUACGACUUCAGAAGCACCUACUCUGAUGGCGGUGAUAUGAGUGACGAGGAAUCUGUCGUGGACGAGACCAGUGGGGGAGCCAAACUUGGGGCACGCCGCCCUGCUAAGGUUACGGGAGAAGAUGGAGAAGAUGUCGAGGACGUCGAAGGCGCCGACGGUUGGGAAACGGAUAGUUCAGCUUCGUCUCUUGAUUCAGCCGAUCUCACUGCUGUCCCUGCUGAAGGCCAUAUCCACCAGUUUGAGCGACUCGACAAGCACCCGCAUCAUUCAUCACAAGACCCAAGGCAGAGGCACCAAGCCGACGGUUGGCAUUCGCAUGCGCAUAAGCCAACCCGUGCUGUCUUCUAUGAUGACUACGAACUUCACCUUCCUACAGGAAAGUCUGUUGGCCAUCGAUCGCUGAACAAAUAUUUCCGCCAGAACCUGCAUAACCAUCCAUCUGCUGAAGAGCGAGCCGAGCGUCUGGCUAUUGAGGGCUCAGAGGAGCGGGCUGGCAGUGGCUCGGAUGGCCAACUUGUCCAAAGAGGUUCCAAGGCCCGUGAGAUGGUGCCUCGUGGAAUGGCGGGCAUGGCAGGUGCACCAGAGCAACAGAAGCGACGUGCUCGCAGGGCAGAAGAACGAGGACGGACGUUGGAGCAGGUCCACACUAAGCAGAAGGACUUGGUAUAUGGAAAGAAGCUCAACAAUCACAAGAAUUACUACUACCGCGAGCAGGGUGGCGGUUAG